GGUUCGAUUACCCGAAGGAGAAAGUCAAACGGUGAUUGGCAAGAAUCUGUUUUUGCAGUGUGUAGUUGUAUAGCCGAUGUUGUAUUUUGUGGCACUUGUGUUAGGGAAGACGAUAUCUAAACCAGUCGUCUUUUGGAUGAGGAGAAUGACAAAUUAAUUGACAUUUCCGAAGCGGAAGAUGUCAUCAGAGGUUAUGGUUCCAAAAGACUCAGAAAGAAUCCAUGGUCACCACCAUCACCAUACCUGGCUGGAAGUAUCUCUGCAUUAACCCAAACCUGACAUAUUUGAUACAAUAUUUGGGAUAAAAAUUCACCAAACAAGGCAGCAAGAUGAGUUUCGAGGUUGAUGACCUUCAGGUCAUUGAAUUGAAUAUGAUGGAUAAGAGGAAGUAUUAUCCUUUGACGUUUGCCAGUGGAAUGACAAUCCGGACCCUCUUAUACCCAGUGACGCUGGUUAAAACAAGACUUCAAAUUCAAAAGGGUCAUACAGUGUACAAGGGCACUUUUGACGCUUUUGUGAAAAUAGGACGAAAUGAGGGCGUGUCUGGAUUGUACCGAGGCUUCUUCGUAAGCUGUUUGCAGCUGUUUCCGUCAAUGGCAUACAUCUCAACGUACGAGGGUACCCGUCACUACCUCAUGGAAAACACGUCCGUAACAAACAGCAAAACGAGGUCUUUUAUAGCAGGAGGAAGUGCCUCCAUUGUAGGACAGACCUUGUCUGUUCCCCUAGAUAUAAUCACCCAGCACCUCAUGUUGAUGGGGCGGCGUAAAACAGGGACUUCCAACACGUCCAGUGAAAAGGUGCAAAAGAAGUUGUCAAGUUUACAAAAAUUAGAAAUAUCAGACGAGGCGAGAAAGAGACGGUUUGGUGCAGUAACAGCAAUUAUACGAGAAGUGUACAGGCGAGAUGGGCUGCUCGGAUUCUACAAGGGUUAUUUUGUGUCACUGACGGUGUUUGCGCCAAACAGCGCCCUGUGGUGGUUUUUCUAUGACAGUUAUUCAGACAUGCUUGCCAGUAUUGCCCCUGCCUACAUCCCCAGACUAGUGCUACAGGUGGUGUCUGGGCCCCUCAGCGGCAUCUCCGCCGCCGUCAUCACCAACCCCCUCGACCUCAUCAGAGCACGGAUGCAGGUUGAUGGAACCAAUUUAUCCGACACUGUGAAGAUAUUGUGGCAAGAGGAACGUUUCUGGAUUGUCACGAAGGGUUUGACGGCUCGCCUGGUGCAGUCGGUGAUGUUCUCCUUCUUCAUCAUCCUCGGUUACGAGACCAUCAAACGCUGGAGCCUCCUGGACGAAUACAAGCAGCAAGUGCGCUGGUGACGACUGCUUCCUGUAGGAAAUGGCCGCUUUUAGAAGAAUUGUACCAUAGAUAUUUUUAUCUACAUGAUCACUUGUUGAUGUGCGUGACGAAUAUUUCCGAGCUGUUUGAAUGUGAGUUGUUAUGUUGCGACUGUUUUGGUCUAGCCUCUGUUGUCAUGGACUUAUAACAUCAGUGGGCACUUACAGCGAUCUUCCCCAUUUUACAUAUCAGUCCCUGUUGUAUGCCGCGACCAAAAGUCAAAAUUCUGCUGUCAAUUUUGGUAAAUCCUGUAAAAUUUGAUAAUUCUGCCCAAAAUUCUGCAAACUUUUAAGUUUUUUGUGAAUUUCAUAGUUUUUCACCAUUUUGACUCAUGGAAAACGUUGUUAUGAUUGACUUAUUCACGGCCAAAAUGGCUUAUUGAAGUGAAUCUGGAAUCCACUUGUGUCAAAAUACAGACAUGCACUUUCGGUAAGCAUUAAUACAAACGUCAACUAAACUUUAGAACGAAAUCAAUAUCUGUUUACAUGUUUACAACAAUGCAGCUUUCGAUUCGCACAUUAAAAUUCUGCAGUGUGUUUGAUGAAUUCUGCAUUGUGUUUGAUCAUGUUGAUGAAUUCUGCAGUGUUUGAUGACUUCUGCAGUGUGUUUGAUGAAUUGUGGGGCAAAUAAAUGCAAAAUUCUGCACAAGUUCUGCACAAAAUGUGAUUUUCGGCAUGUAUAUGUAAAUUUCGUCACUGAGUGUGCAUUCCUGACAAAUACUCCACAAACUUGGAAUCACAGAAUACAGCAGGGACCGUUAGGGCUCUCACAGUGAUCUUCCCCAUGUUACAGGUAGCCCCUGGAUGAGUGGAAAUUUCCUCUGACUGGCAGUUACUAGGUGAAUCGUAGCAUUGAGUGUGUGAGUGAGAAUUUGGCAUAAUGUUAAAAAUAAUGAUUUAAGGGUUCCCCAGAUACAUCAUUGUGCUUAGAACAUUGACAAAAGGGAGCCGCUUAUUCAAACCAAACACAAGUUAAAUUUGUUGAAAGGUUGAUGAACUAAAACUUUUUUCAUAAUAGUUAGUUGGCAAUAAUAUGCCCCUUCUGCGCUGCAGUUUCCAGUAGAACACCUGUAAAAUAUACAAGAAAAGACCAAAUAUCAUGUAAAUUUUCGGUCUUCCUCUUAGUAAGGGGCGCUUAUAGAAAUACUUACAGAUUGGUCUGGAAGUUGGUCAGGGGGCCAAUCUCAUUAAAAUCAGAUCUUAGUUCUCGCUAUCGCUAAACAAAGAUCUGAGGACAUCCCAUUACGGGUCACGUCAGACCGACCUUGAGCGACCAAUGGAAAGACUGACAAGAAGUCGACAUUAGCCAAUCAGAAGGCAGCUUUCUCGUGCUUUACAGCACUAAUUUCAAAUUGGCAACUACGCUUCGAAACAUAUUUUGACAAAUUCUCGAUUAAAAAUUUGAAACCCGAACAAAAGAACUAUCUGGAAUGGAAAAUAUAUGGUCUAGAAUGUAAGGAUUCAGUCGUUAAACCAGUAACUAUUGUUUGGAAUACCCGUGUUAAAGUUUUCGAGGUUGCAUGAUUAGAAAUCACAUUCUGACUGUCACUUUCAUGAUCUGGUAAGCGAUGCUCUGAUUGGUCGGAUGAAAGGUCGUUCUAACGUGACCCGUAAUGGGAUGACCUCUGAUCUUUGUUUAGAGGUAGCGAGAACUAAGAUCUGAUUUUAAUGAGAUUUGUCAGGGGGCGCUUAUUGCAGCAGAUCACUUAGUACAGCGAAUACAGUAUUAUUUUUAACUGACAUUUCUAUUCUCGUGACAAAUAUAAUCAAAGUUCACACUGUUCAUUCACGAUUUUCUUCAUUGAGUCAUUGAACAUGUUGAAUUACAUAUCAAACAGGGACGUGAAUUUUCAUUUAUUUUCAUUAUUAACUAGCGCUGGGUAAACAUGGUACAUGGUGGUAAAGAGUAUAAAGUUAAUAAUGAUUUUAUUACAGCAAAGUUGCCAUGUGGUCGUCGUGGUCGUAGGGACUAGGGCUGGGACGAGUCCAAAUUUACUACCCGGGUACCCCCACUCCACCACCACCUUAUUACCCGACCCUACCCGGGUACUCACUGUUGGUCUCAGGAGAUGUCUCAAAAUGUCCGAUUAGGAACAAUUUUGGCAUAGCCAUGGCAAAAUGUAUUUAGAUACAUGUAUUCAACAAUCUGGUCAUUCAUACACUGAAGCUGAAUUAAGUUAUAUCUUUAUUCAACCAUAUGAAAAAUCAGAAGGAAUAGGUGCAUAAUCAAAAAGA